ACUGUUGCCGAUCUCUAGAUGUUCUGGGUAGUCUGAGGAGAGAGUAUGAGGCGAGCCGUGGCCCGGGUGCCUCUCCGCUCCGGGGGAGAAGGCGCGGCCGUGGCUGCCGCCCUCUGAGUCGCGGCGCCAGCGAGGCCCCGGGGCGCGCGCAUGGUGCUGGUGCCGCUCGGGUGUUGAUCGGCCUGUCCCCUCCCUCUCUUCCCCUCCCCACCCCCCGCGGUGGUCUCCCCUUUCCCACCCCAGCCCCGGCGGAGCCAUGGCUCGGAGUGGCUCCUGCCCGCACCUGUUGUGGGACGUGAGGAAAAGGUCCCUUGGGCUGGAGGACCCGUCCCGGCUGAGGAGCCGCUACCUGGGAAGAAGAGAAUUUAUCCAAAGAUUAAAACUUGAAGCAACUUUAAAUGUGCAUGAUGGCUGUGUUAAUACAAUCUGUUGGAAUGACACUGGAGAAUAUAUUUUAUCUGGCUCUGAUGACACUAAACUUGUAAUUAGUAAUCCAUACAGCAGAAAGGUUUUGACAACCAUCCGUUCAGGGCAUCGAGCAAAUAUAUUUAGUGCAAAGUUUUUGCCGUGCACAGAUGAUAAGCAGAUUGUGUCUUGCUCUGGAGAUGGAGUCAUAUUUUAUACUAACAUUGAGCAAGAUGCAGAAACUAACAGACAGUGCCAAUUUACGUGCCAUUAUGGAACUACUUACGAGAUUAUGACUGUACCAAACGAUCCUUACACCUUUCUGUCCUGUGGUGAAGAUGGAACUGUUAGGUGGUUUGACACACGCAUCAAAACCAGUUGUACAAAAGAAGACUGUAAAGAUGAUAUUUUAAUCAACUGUAGGCGUGCUGCCACAUCUGUGGCUAUUUGUCCCCCAGUACCAUAUUACCUUGCUGUGGGUUGUUCUGAUAGUUCAGUACGGAUUUAUGAUCGGCGAAUGCUGGGUACAAGAGCUACAGGGAAUUAUGCAGGCCGAGGAACUACUGGAAUGGUUGCUCGCUUUAUACCUUCUCAUCUUAGUAACAAAUCAUGCAGAGUGACAUCACUGUGUUACAGUGAAGAUGGUCAAGAGAUUCUUGUCAGUUAUUCUUCAGAUUACAUCUAUCUUUUUGACCCCAAAGAUGAUACCGCACGAGAACUUAAAACUCCUUCUGCAGAGGAGAGGCGAGAAGAGUUACGACAGCCUCCAGUUAAGCGCUUGAGACUUCGAGGUGAUUGGUCAGAUACUGGUCCCAGAGCACGGCCAGAAAGUGAACGAGAACGAGAUGGAGAGCAAAGUCCCAAUGUGUCACUGAUGCAGAGAAUGUCUGAUAUGUUAUCAAGGUGGUUUGAAGAAGCAAGUGAAGUUGCACAAAGCAACAGAGGAAGAGGAAGACCUCGGCCCAGAGGUGGAACAAAUCAGCCAGAUGUUUCAACUCUUCCUACGGUUCCAUCAAGUCCUAAUUUGGAAGUAUGUGAAACUGCAAUGGAUGUAGACACACCAGCUGCACUUCUUCAGCCAGCUACAUCCUCUACAGACCCAGUUCAGGCUCAGGCGGCCACAGCCACUAUAGAAAGCCCUCGUUCCAGCUCUUUGCUGUCUUCUCCAGACAGUGAACCAAGGCAGUCUGUUGAGGCGUCUGGACACCAUGCACAUCAUCAAUCUGAAUUUUUAAGGGGGCCUGAGAUAGCUUUGCUCCGUAAGCGCCUGCAGCAGCUGAGGCUUAAGAAGGCUGAGCAGCAGAGGCAGCAAGAGCUAGCACAGGCCCAGCAUCAGCCUCCCACUUCCACUUCUGAUCAGCCUCCUCAAGAGGGCUCUUCAGGGGACCCUCGAGCUUCAGAUUCUCCUUCUUCUGUGGUUAACAAACAGCUCGGAUCCAUGUCACUUGAUGAGCAACAGGAUAACAAUAAUGAGAGACUGAGCCCCAAACCAGGGACAGGUGAACCAGUUUUAAGUUUGCACUACAGCACAGAAGGAACAACUACAAGCACAAUAAAACUGAACUUUACAGAUGAAUGGAGCAGCACAGCCUCAAGUUCCAGAGGAAAUGGGGGCCAUUGCACAUCUGAGGGCCAGGAAGAAUGCUUGCUCCCUCCGAGCUCUGUGCAGCCCCUGGAAGGAGACUGUGAAACAAGAGCUCCUGAAGAACUAUCAGAGAAAGGAACACUUCCAGAAAACCUCACUCAAAACCAGAUAGAUACAGCACAAUGUGAUAACUUGCCAGCUGAGCCAUUGGAUUCUAACUCAGGAGAAAGGGACAACCCAAGUCUUGACAGCCCAUGUGGGGUUCCAGAAGAAGGCACUUUAUCUGAGACAGACAGGGAGACCUGUGAGCAGGCCAGCACUGAGAGUGCAACUGGGCGAGCUAGCACCAAGCCUGAACUCCUAUCCCAGACAGAAGCCAUUGAGCAGGCCAGCACUGAGAGUGCAACCGGGCAUACCAGUGCCAAUCCUGAACUCCCAUCCCAGACAGAAGCCAUAGCACCUUCAGCUCAUGAAGACCCAUCUGCCAGGGAUUCUGCUCUCCAGGACACAGAUGACAGCGAUGAUGAUCCGGUCUUAAUUCCUGGUGCAAGAUACCGAACAGGACCUGGUGAUAGAUUUAAUAUCAGAGGAACUACAGUAGGUGAUAGAAUAAUGAGACGCUCCGCUGUUGCCCGCAUUCAGGAAUUCUUCAGGAGGAGAAAGGAAAGGAAAGAAAUGGAAGAGCUGGAUACUUUGAACAUUAGGAGGCCACUAGUAAAGAUGGUUUAUAAGGGCCACCGCAACUCCCGGACAAUGAUAAAAGAAGCCAAUUUCUGGGGUGCUAACUUUGUAAUGAGCGGUUCCGAUUGUGGCCAUAUCUUCAUCUGGGACCGGCACACUGCUGAGCAUUUGAUGCUUCUGGAAGCUGAUAAUCAUGUGGUCAACUGCCUGCAACCCCAUCCAUUUGACCCAAUUCUAGCCUCAUCUGGCAUAGAUUAUGACAUAAAGAUCUGGUCGCCACUAGAAGAGUCAAGAAUUUUUAAUCGAAAACUUGCUGAUGAAGUUAUAACUCGAAAUGAACUCAUGCUGGAAGAGACUAGGAACACCAUUACUGUCCCAGCCUCUUUCAUGUUGAGGAUGUUGGCGUCACUGAAUCAUAUCCGAGCUGACCGUCUGGAGGGUGACAGAUCGGAAGGUUCAGGUCAGGAGAAUGAAAAUGAAGACGAAGAAUAAAGAACUCCUUGGCAAGCACUUAGAUGUUCUGAGAUUUGUAUACGACAUUUAUUAUAUUUUUUUUUCUUUACAGAACUUUAGUGCAAUUUAAGGCUAUGGGGUUUUUUUGGAGUUCUUCCCCAUUUUUGGGAUAACCAAACAUUGGUUUGGAAUGAGUGUGUGCAUGAGUUGGGAGUGUGUAAAACAAAGUAAGCAAAAUGUUUUUGAAACUUUUUGCAGUGUAUGGAGUCAAAAAAAAAAAAAAAAAAAGCAAAGUGCAAUACUUCCUAACCCUCAGACGUGGGAGCUUGGAUCAAUGUUGAAAAGUCAUUUUCAUUGUAGUGAAAAUGUUGGUUCAAAUAAAUUUCUACACUU